AUGAACGGUCCCGAUCCUAUGGCCACGAAUGAACAGAUUGCGCCUAAGAAGGCGACUGUAUCAACCGGCAAUGGAUCUGUUGGAUGGAAAGACUUGCCAAGGAAGAAAGCACUCGCCGUGAUAGUUCUUGCUAGGCUUUCGGAGCCAUUGACGCAGACCUCUCUCAAUGCCUACCUAUUCUACCAAGUAAAAUGGUUCGACCCGACGCAGACAACUGCCCAAAUCGCCUGGAAGGUAGGCCUGCUUCAGAGCAGCUUCACGGGCGCCCAGUUUCUCACGGCUAUGGCCUGGGGCCGCAUCGCCGAUUCGAGUGCUUUCGGGCGCAAGAGGGUCAUUCUUUGCGGCCUGUGCGGAACAUUCUUGUCGAUCAUUGGCUAUGCUUUUUCCACGACAUUUACCAUGGCGUUAAUCUGCCGAAUAUUGGGGGGUAUCACGAAUGGCAACGUCGGCGUUUUGAGAACCAUAUACCAGUCGCGAGCUUUUAUUUUGCUCCCCAUGACUUUCAAUAUAGGCGUGACUAUAGGGCCAAGCAUUGGCGGCAUGCUUUCAGACCUGGCCGGAAGCUACCCAAACACAUUCGGCAAGGUUCCCCUAUUCGUCAACUUCCCAUACGCAGCGCCUAAUUUAUUCUCUGCCUUCAUCCUGUUUUGCGGCAUCACGUUCACCUGGCUCUGUUUAGAAGAGACUCUGGAUAGUCGCAUGGAUAAAAGAGACCUGGGUCUUGAGCUAGGGAAAAAGAUAUCCGAGUUUCUUGCCUCCUUCAGCUUAUUCUCAAAACGCGACAAAGCUGGUUACGAAAGGGUUGCAUCCAGCGCAGAAGAAGCCGAGGUCAACGACAUGGGUACUGAAUCAUCUAGCCCGACUCUGUACGAUAGCCGCCGAUCAUCGCUAGGUGAAUCUAACCUGGCAGCCCAACAGCCGCCACCCCCACGACGCCCGAGAUAUACGCAACGCUUGCCCUUCGGUCGUAUAUUUACGCGCAACGUGGUUUUUACUCUUAUGGCGCAUUUUCUGCUUGCAUUCCACCUGGGAACCUUCAACUCUCUUUGGCCGGUCUUUCUCUCAACCCCGACUUUUGAUCCCUCUUUGCCAACACCACCCGGCAGCCUAACUCGGCGAUUGCCUUUCAUUUUCACCGGCGGUAUCGGUUUUUCAUCGCAGCAAGUGGGCCCUGUAAUGUCGAUCCUUGGAACCAUCGGGAUCUUCCUACAGCUCUUGGUCUAUCCAAGACUUUCCGCCAGGCUCGGAACUACCACCUCUCUGCGAACUUUUCUCACCUGCUUCCCCAUUGUUUACUUCGCCGUCCCCUUUCUCAGCCUCAUUCCUAGCACGGACCACUCUCCAGAUUCUCAUAGCAAAGCAGGCCCAGCAAUUUGGGUGGCCAUCACGGCAGUCAUAGGGCUGCAUGUUCUGGGAAGAACCUUUGCGCUCCCGGCACAAACGAUACUUAUCAACAAUUGCUCGCCACACCCGAGCGUCCUUGGUACAGUCCACGGGAUUGGCCAGACGGCAAGCUCUGCCGCGCGCACCUUGGGGCCUGCUCUGGGUGCACUUAUUUUUGGUAUUGGUCUUGAGAAGGGUGUGGUAGCCAUCGUAUGGUGGGUUCUCAGCGGAGUCGCGGUUCUCGGCUUGUUGGCCACCUGGCUGUGGGUUCGUGAAGGUAACGGUCACGAGAUCUGGCUUGAGGGUCUCGGAUAUUUUGAACGAGCCCUUCAAGGCCUUGUCAUCGACGACGGCGCUGCUGUCGCUGACAAUGACCUCGUACUCGCCCUUCUCGACGCACCAUUGGUUACGGUGCUCGUCCCAGAAACUGGCGGCGUACUUGGUCUCGAUGUCGACCUUGACCGUCUUCUUGCUGCCGGCGUCGAGCUCGACCUUGGCGAAGCCCUUGAGCUCCUUUACUGGCCUAUUGACGCUCGGCUUUUGCUUGGGCGCGACGUAGACCUGAACAACCUCGGCGCCCUUGACGCUGCCCGUGUUGGACACGGUCGCCUCGACGGUGACGAGCUUGCCGUCCUGGGCAUGGCUGACCUUGAGGUCGCCAAAGGCAAAGGUGGUGUAGCUGAGGCCGUGACCAAAGGGGAAGAGCACGGGGCGGUCGGUGGCCUCGUAGAAGCGGUAGCCGACGUAGACGUCCUCGCCGUACAGGGUGCGGGCACCCUCGGCGCGGAAAUUGAGGAAGGCCGGGUUGUCCUGGCAGCGGAUGGGGAAGGACAGGGGGAGCUUGCCGCUGGGGUUGACGUCGCCAAAGAGGACGUCGGCGAUGGCGUUGCCCGUCUCGUUGCCGCCGUACCACGACUGCAGGAUGGCGGCGACGUCGCCGUGCCAGGGCAUCUCGACGGGCGUGCCCGACUGCAUGACGACGACCGUGUUCUUGUUGGCGGCGGCCACGGCGGCGAUGAGGUCGUCCAUGGGCGCGGGCAGCUUCAUGUCGGCGCGGUCGUGGCCCUCGGUCUCCCAGUCGGCGUUGAGCCCGCCGCAGAUGAUGACCUGGUCCGCGUCCCUGGCCAGCGCCGCCGCCUUGGCGAUCUCCUCCUUGGGGUCGAUGACCUUGCACCCGCCCAUGCGCAGGGCGCCCUCGCCCAGAGCCAUGCCCUCGGUCGGGAUGGUCGAGGUCGGCGCGCUGCCGUACUCGAGCUUGAUGUGGUACUUUUCGCCCUUGGUCAGCUUGUACGUGCCCUUCUCCUCGACUGUGCCGGUGCCGAAAAAGGCGUCACCCCGGCGCUGCUUGGUGGCGUUGUCAACGACGACUAA